AUGGAGAACGAUAUCCAACACAUUCUGCUGGGAGUAGUAGGACAUCUCCAGUUUCUGAAGCGAGUGGAAGAGACUGGCCUACCGCUCAAUGGAUCACUUGAAUUCUUGAAUGACUGGACCUAUUUCUCGAGAAGUCCCGAAAGAGACUUUGGGGAGUUAACCAGCACAGGCGCUUACGCUGGAACGCUGGGUGCAUUCACGACUGGUGUCAAAUUUAGGACACGAUACGAAAAUCUGAUCCCGAGAGACACCCGCACGCGUCUAUGGGCAAGUGACUCGGGCCGCGUGAUUGAUACAGCACGUCAUUUCGCCUCUGGGUUCUUUGGCCUAGACUGGGAGAGCUCUGGAAAAGCACAGCUGCAGGUUAUUCCUGAAACUAUUGAAAGGGGCGCAGACACUUUGACCCCAGGUGAUACAUGCCUCAUGUAUCUCGAAGAUCCGAUUCUUGGCCAUGACCAUGGUUUGGAGAUGCUUGCGCAGUUUCAGGAAACCUACAUUCCUGCAAUUGCAAACCGCCUGAUCUACGAGAACAACAUCGGUCUAAACAACCUUUCCAAUGAAGAGGUCUAUAGUAUGCAGGAGAUGUGUGGGUUCGAGCUUAUGGUGCGAGGAACAAGUCCAUGGUGUGAAAUGUUUACCAAGCAGGAUUGGUAUAACUUCGAGUACGCUCGCGAUCUGCUACUUUAUUAUCGUGCAGGGCCAGGCAACCCAUACACUGGUGCGAUGGGAUGGCUUUGGUUGAAUGCAACGACUGGACUGCUUCACGAGGGUCCGAUGGCUGGAAGCAUGUUCUUCAGUUUUGUACACGAUGGCGAUAUAGCCCCAUUCCUCACAGCACUGGGGAUAUUCACUGGCGACAAGGAACUUCUUCCCACGACCCAUAUCGCCGCAAAUCGUGAAUGGCGGAUUUCUCCCAUUCUUCCCAUGGGCGCAAGGGUCACACUUGAGCGGCUAUCUUGCUCACCAAACCAUGAGGAUCCGUCCUGGGGAGUCAUGUCCUCUCAAUAA